UGGAGACACUCAGACGUUCUAAGUCCGCUGACACUGCUCUUGUUGAGGACAGGAGCCGCCCUCCGUCUGUGAGAAGUGAGAAGCCUUUGUCAAAAGUCUGUUUGGCUAAAAGGUCUAAAGCCCUUGUGUCUUCGAGUGGCUCUUCAACAGACCACCAUGUAAUUGACACAUGCAGUGAGGAUGUCACUCUGCCCACCAGGAGUAUGUCAGUUGUGAGCAACAACAGUUUGAAGAGAGCCUCUCCUCUCCACGGCAGUGGAUUGAGUGAAAGUUGCAAACCUCUUGUGGCUCUAAAAGACGUAACAGUGGCAGUCAGCCAAGAAGGCUUUAGCAAAACUGCAAAGAAGACGCUCAGCUUGAUCCUAAAUGUGAUCAAGUGUAGAGUGGCCAACUCUGAGAGUUCAUCUGUUGGGCAGAUUACAAGUGAGGAGUGUCUGAUAGCCACUAACAUGUUAGACUCUGUACUGGAGAGCCUUGACCAGUUGCCUGACAUGAGCGCUGCCGAUGAGAUCACAAGGACAGAAUCCCAUACCUCUAUCGCAAUGGAUGAGACAGGUUCACGGUCAACGCUUGUGAGCCAACAAGAAAUAAACAUAUCUGACACCAAUAUCAUAGUGAAAACUAUAAUGGACACAAUGAAGACGGACGACCCAGAGAUGACUUCAGCAGAAGAAAAUCUGGAUAGGCUCCUGUCAGUUGAAGCCCUUCAAGGUGCGUCUGGCAACCUGAUUGCAAAGGUCCAUGGUCUCAUUCAGGAGAUAACCAUAAACCGCCAGCUUCAAUCCAUGGUUGGCCACAGAAGCCUCUCUCAACCAGCGCUGCCUAAACCAGCCCUGAGAAAGCUGUCAAAGGACGAUGCCUCAGAGCUCAUUUACAACUUUGCCCAGACUUCUGUUAGGAGACUCCUGGGGCAGUGUAUGGGAAGGCCUAUGCCACCAUCGGCUGAAAUGAUUUUGGAUCAGGUCAUCAAGUUGAUGACAGACGUGGUGAUGGACAGCCUGACUUAUGUGUCCAAGUCUACAAUGGAGGAUGUUAUUGUACACAGGUCGGUCACACUAGCGUGCUCUUCUCACUCAGACACCAGCAAUGCCACAAGUGACAUCACUCAUGGUGUUGUAGCUGACCUUAAUGCUACUGAGGAAUUCCCUGCCAGGAGCCUUAGCCCGGCUGAUGUAAAGGCUGACGGCAUGGCCCGCCUUCCCUCUGCCAGAGGGGAAGAGACUAAGAAGAACAGGAAGUGGCGUUUCCUACCGAAAAUGUAUAAGUUUCCAAAGAUCAUGAUUAAGCUGUUCAAGACAAAAGGGGAACCGAAGAGCCACCCUAAACAGGAUGCACUGCCUACCAAACGUCUCAGAGAGACUCAUAUUUCACAGGAUGCUGAGUGUGAGGUUCCAGAGGUUCCAUCCACUCCCCCUCCCAAGGAGGACCUGACAACCACACCGGCCCCUGCUCCCCAGGAGUCCCAGUCCCGUAAACGCCCACUCAUAGUCAGGGUGUUACACGCUCUCUCCAGAGCCAUCUCCAAACCAUUCAGAGGAGCUUCUGGGAAGAAGAAUUAGCCAAAUGCCUGAUUUUAUUAAUAUGAUAUUUUAAUCAGAGCCUUUAUUUAAUAAAACAUUACUGCAUUGA